UCAACCAGCGGCAGUCUCCUCUCAUUGUCUCAAUGGCUGCACACGCGAUCCUCCUGUGCUCCCUUGCCUUGCUGUCCGCUCUCAGCCGGCCUGGGCUCUCCUUCUCUGAUGAGGAGUUUCAGCCUGGACUUACCUUUGAUGAAGUGCCUGAAAUCCUGGACAGAAGCCGAGAGAACCCCAAACAAGCAACAAGAAUCACAUCAAGUCAAGAUGGUGGGGUGGGCUUAGAGAGUGAAGAGGUUUUUUUGACGCCUGAAGAUGAAAACCCACUCAGGAGAAUACUGCAGCCCUUUAACUGGCACCAGCCAGGGAUGCCUCACAGUAAGAGGAAGCUACUGCAGUCUCUGAUGGGGCCAUACGGCCCUCUGAGUGUGUCCUACAAUGGAAAAACAUGCAUUCUGUUUAAGGCCAAGCGCCUGGCAAUCCGCUACAGGAACCAUACGUUUAUUGACCUGACUGAGAGGGUCUUCAGCCCCAACUCACCUGUGGACACUAAGGGCUCCAUCUGCACAAAAGAGAAAGCAACGCUUUCCUUAAGGUUUGGUGAUGUGGAGGACUUGCGAGGACUAGUCAUCAGGCUUCAGAUGUCCAACACCUUCUACGAGGCAGCUGGUCAAAACUGGUUUACGCUGGACAGUGUUCACAUCCACUACAACUGGACCCAGGAGGCGACGUUCAAUGCCAGCGAGGUUUACGCUCCUGCCACCUCAUCCUACCAUUGCCAGCACGUCAGCAGCUUACACAAAUAUGACACCCUCCUCGUGCCCAGCUCCCACACUGACACGUCUGCUAACUGGCACAUCACUUUCACUGACUUCCAGAUCCAGGCCUUCAAUGUGCAGUCAGACAAGUUUGCGUCGGCCAGUGACUGCGCCACCUUCCUAACGCCAGCCAUCCUGAUGGGCUUGGUGACAUCUCUUAUCCUGCUCCUGGUCUUAGCCUAUGCACUGCACAUGGUGGUCCACCUCAAGCACAUCGACCGCUACGAGGAACACAAAGCCACCGUGUACUUCCCCCGCAGUCCAGAGGCUGAGCUGCCAGACAAGAACAGCCUGUGAGGAAAGAAGAGGAGGAGAAGGAGAAUGAUAGGGGGAGAGAGGCAAAGAGAAAGACAGUGCAAAACAGAGGCAGAGAGGGGCUAGCAAAUGACUAAAAGAGGCAAAAAAAAAAGUAUCCCUCACAGAUAUUUGUUCAACAAAAUGACAACUUUGCCUGUUCAUAUGAAAACCUCUUAAAUGUUAAUUACUUUAAGUAAAUGAAGACUGUGGUUGGAUACUUUUUCUUCUCUACUCAUUGACCUGCAUCUUGGCAUCCAUUAUUUUAUUUAUUUAUUUAUUUUUUAAGGAAAGGGUUUUGGAUGUUCUAGCCUCUCCCUCAGAGAAGGUUCAUGAUCCUAAUGUGAAAGGUCAAGGACAGCCCCGGAGGCCCUGAAGGGCAUCGGCAUAUUUGGGCCUUUACCACAGCCAGGUAAUAAAAACCACAACAGACUAGCAACUGUAGCUAAUACAGCUAAAAUCAGAUGCUCCUGAUUAUACCUAUGUAUUACAUGGCUCACAGGUGUCAUAUUACAGGCUUCCAUCUCACUCAUCAAACAUGUCCAGCUUUCAUUACAGUGCAUUUCGUCCAGUACUGCUGCAAAGAAUAUACUUCAAACGGCCAAUUUUAUAGCUGAAAUAGCCGUAUUAGCUGCAUGCCAUGACAAGUUGGUCCUCUUGGGCUAGCACAGUGUUUCCUAAUAAUGGAUUACUGAUAGUCUUGCAUGAGUUGCAGCUUGAAAUAAUAAGACAUUGGCACAAAGUAGGAAGAGCUUAAAAAGCUUUUGAGUAUCACAGAGUGGAGAUAUCAGGAAGCACUGGUCUAGCAACUGACUGGAGUGAAUGGACCUGCACUACUAGCCCUUCAGAGCCUCUGGGGUCUCUCACCCCACCCCUAAACAAGACUGCUGCUUGGGACUUACUGUGAAACGGCCUUUUACAGACCAGCCAGACAAGGGGAGGGGUUCUUCAAACUAGCACAACACUGGUUAGCUGCGCAAGCACUAACAACAAACUCUCAAAGACUAUACAAGGAACUAUGCUGCACAAGACGGCCCGUCUGAGGGCAAUAGAAGGAAUGCGGGUCUUCGGAUGAUAUGACUCUGAGAGUCAAGCGCUUGGACAAGGGAGGCCAUGGGUCCUCCAUCCUCACCACUGGGUCUGACUGCCAAAGUAAAGCUACAAAGGAGUUGCCAUAACACAUGGUGAAAGAUGGAGUGAGACGACGUGAAGGUGAAAGUUAUAAGUUACAGCUAUGUAUAAAACAAAAACACAUACAUGUACAGAAGUGUCACUCUGCGGAGGUCUUUUUUUAUAUACAAUGUAAUCAUGAAAUACUAUUAGGUACAGGAUGACUAUGCUAAUCCUCAUAACCAAAAGGAUAUACAAAGCUGUAGAUACAUUAAGAUCUCUAUAUGAUCAUAGCUGUUUACUAUCUUCAGAUAUUGCACAACUAAUAAACAUAGGUACAAAUAAGACAUUGUGCUAUGAGGAUUGGUGAAAGUAUCAAUGCAUAUGAGUUUUUCUACAAAAUAUUAACAUAUUACACUGUCUGUCUAUUUGUUUUGAGCUGGGCCAGACAAUGUAAGGUCCAGUUCCAUCUAACUGUAAAUUACAGUACAAACUCCUACCAUAGAGGGACGAUACUAUGGAAUGCCGUCCACCCACUGGAACUUAUAGAGGCCAUUAUUAUUCCAGAAACCACACUAGCAGCUGUAACAGCAUCAGUAAGUCAUUAUUACUGAUUAAAAAAAAAAAAAAAAACACUCAGCAUGACAGUAAAUAGAUAUCUUAACAUUCGAUAUGGCAGUUCUGUCAAUCUGUAGCAGUGUGAAAUGUGUUCUUUGGUCAUAAAUGUAUCCUACAAACUAUGAAACGCGUGGAGGCAGUUUGUCCAUGGACCAACUGAUGUAGAUUGAACAAUAAAUGGUAUUCAGAGGAA